GCUACAUUACUGCUAUUACACACACACACACACAUAUAUAUAUAUGUAUGUAAGCGACAGUAGCGCUUAAUGACCGUUGCGCAUAUCAGGCGCACCACACAGCAAAGGAAACAGCGCUCUUCUAGAUAGACGCACCGACACACCGAAGCAUCUUUCCGCUUCUUUCUCUUUAUCGCCACAGAGGAGCGUGGCAAGACGCCGUCUUGAACUUCAUUGCGAUCCGUUCGGAGAAUCGCCAACAACGCCGCAGUCCUGACUAACGAUUCUGCUUUUAAUUUAUUUCUUGUUUCUCCCUCAUGCCGCCAGCAUGCCUCGUGCUCAGAAGAAACACGAUACGCUCGUCGACGAUGACAACGCCGCUCUGCUGGUGCGCGUGCUGCUACACGUCUUGGCUCCUUUUUUCAGCGGUCUCGCUGAUGCGCUUCACAGCGCUGCCCCGGUCGCCGUCGACAGCGUGCCUUCUCCUGCUUCAAGCGACAGCAAUGGAGCACAGCUCGCCCUUCCACGUUCGCCGGCCUCUCCACGAGCGGCAAGGGCCACAGCCCCUACCCCGUCGUCAUCGCCGGUGCCCAGCACGCUCCAGCACUCUUCGACCCUUUUCCUCCCCUCGUACGGCGGAACAGAAUCAUGGAUUUUGUCCGUGACGGAGUCGCCUCCCUCUCCCCUCAAUGCCACGCUGGCCUUUCCCUCGGGCGGGAGUCUCGUCAGCGCGGCCGGGGCGGCGGGGGAUGCUGCGCUGUCUGCGGCGUCCUCGCCAUCUCGUUCGCCCUAUCCCUCCCAACGUGAACGUCUCCCCCCGUCCCCCUCCUUUCCUUCACCACCCACGCCCCAGCGAGGUGGUGGCCGCCCACGACUGAUGCUCACGGCAGCGCCUGCCGCGCCCGUCACGGCGGGCAUCACACGAAGCCAUCCGUACUGUCCAGUCAUCGCGGAUAGCAAGGAUUUCUCCGACUGCUCCACUGCGUUUUUUACGCUUCCGAACGCAUUGCUUUGGGAGGCCGUGGCUGCCCUGGCGGAGGCGAUGCUGAUGGACGGCGCCUACUUUUUCUGGCUGCAAGAUUCGGCGCUGCACUCCAUUGACACACCGCCGUGGCGGAUGGAGGACCAUGAAAGCAGCAAAAGUUUAGCUAAGGCGAAGUACGUGAAGCACACGAAGACCGCGGCCGCCUCCGCAGCCCACCACCACAGCGGCGACAAUGGUGAUGAUGGUGGUAUGGCGAAUGCGCGAAUGCUCCUUCGUGCGCACCGCUACGAGGACGCUGCUCCGGCAGACCUGCUCGCCCGUGUCCUCCUUCACCUUGACGACUACGCUGCUGACGAUCUGCUGCUGCUUUACGACGAAGCGCAAACACCCGGCUCCUCCACGACGGCGCGUGACACACACAGGAGCUUUCUGCUAGGCGGCGACGAUGACGGCACUUCUUCUUCCACGCACAGCUUUCUUUUUCCGCCAUUGGCGGCGGUGUUGGUGCGGUCGGUGGCCGUGCACACGGCACAGCUGCUACAUCCGCUGAUGUCUACCGGAGCAGGGAAUAGUUUGAGGAGCAACACAGACAACCUCGAGGGCUUUCUAACUGCACAGCGUCCCCGUGACGGGGACGUCGCCUCGGAGGCGGAAAGCGUUGCCGUCUCUGCCUCCGGCAGCGGCACGUUCCCGCAUGUGGUAUUAGCACCGUCCCCUGCGGAGGAGAAGGACACGUACCGGACAUGUACAUUUCGCGCCGUUCAGGAACAACUCAAGCAGCACCACCGACGAAUGCAGCAGGCACGACACACUUUUGCAGGCCCGUCAGCCUCUUCACGGCGCACAGGGGCCACGCAGCGGAGAGGUGGCGAUGCCGUGCUGUUCCGAGACGAAUCGAAGCGGCCUGUGGCGGGUGCACCGCCACCGUCGUCGCUGUCACCGCAGCUCUCGCAGCUCAUGACGCGUGCAAAGGCAGCAGCGGCGAUGGACGAGAGCUUUUUUGUGGUGGUGGCGCCGCACGCACCACCCAUUGCUGCACGGAGCGCAGUGGGGAGCUCGUCAGCGACGUUGGCAGAAGGGGAGAGAACCUACAGUUCAACCAACGGCAGCAGAGAAGUGGCGCAGCUGAUGGGCGCUGGUGCUUCUGUACUAGCCGAGGUGGCCACGUGCACCGUGCUGGUCCUUUCGUGUGCUCUGCCGGAGGUCCUUCACAGCUGCGAGGACCCAACGUCCGUGACAACUGCACAGAAUGGCAAUGCGGCGAAUCAGCGCGGUGCUGUGCGACCGUCGGCCAAGAGCGACGGAACGCUUCGCUCCACUUGUGAGAACCAAACGAGCGCUAUGCACACACCGAAUGAACUGGUAUUCCGUUGGUGCGCUGACCUCGGGCGGCUCGCUGCCACCAUGACCGCCUCCCCAACAACGGCGGAAGGAGGCAACGGUCGCGGUGGCGCGGCAACGGCCUGCACUUCUCUUCCUGACUUUGCCACGUCGGCUGCACAUCUUUAUUAUUUGCUACGGGACCGCACCACCAACCUGCAGACCGCACAGGUCGCACCAUACGCCUAUGACAAGGGCAACCUCAUGCCGUCUCCGCUGCAGAGUCCAGUCAGGUCUACAGCAGCAGGGAUGAGCCUCAGGGCGGCAGAGAGAGAUGUGUCCGUGGAGGACGAGGGACGCUUAAAGAAUCACACCACACUGUGGCCGGCCGCCCAGUGGAGCAUCCGUCCAUACGGUGAACUGAAGCGCUGUGGGUGCCCGCCGCGGCUGCUUCAAGCAACGGACGACGAUGACCGCCGCGCGUCGGCGGAGCCGUCCGCCUUUUCAUCCUCACCCAUACACGCGGCCCCACACGGCGAGGUGGAGGACGCUCUCGUGUGGAAACGCACGCGAUGCGAGGUGCCGCCGGCUGCCACGUCGGGUGGCCUCACACAAGGCUUGCCGUGUGUAUCGUGGGUGAAGCUUUCCUCCUCCGCGCCUACAUCGGAUCGUACCCGAGCACCAGACCCGGUCGCCGUCGUGGAGGACGUCCACACGUCCACUGCCGCGCUCUUUCGGCAUCUGUUGCCGCCCACGGACUCUACGAUGUCGGCGCAGCGGGAUGCCGAUGAAGUGUCAGAGGCGCUGGAGGAGGUCGGUGCCGUGCUGGGCUGCGUGGAUGCGGCGUGUGCGAGCCGCACGCUGCUCGACGCCUCGUCGUGGCGCUACGGCCGCAAUCGCCUGCACGUCGCGGCAGCGUCGUUUAUUUCAUUGGAGCAGCGACACGUACGAAGCGAGGACGACGAUGACCAUGACGAUGAUGCCGAUGACAGCCGCCGCCGCCGCAGCAGCAGCAGUGGGAAGACAACAGCGGAGGAGGAAGAGGAAGCGGAGGUGGAUGCGUUUGUUUUUGACACUUCAUCAUCUGUGCAUGCGAGAGGGCGAGGAAGAACACGCGCACACACCUCUGCGCGGGCCGUGGGAGAGUCCAGCAACGUGGGGAGUCGCGCAGCCACGGUUGGUUUGUACCACCACGAAUCUGGUUUGUUGUACGUCGCAGGCGGCGCGACGUAUGCCCUGGAAACGGAGUAG